CCGGGAGGUCAACCGGAAGUGGCUUGAAAGGAGGGCGGCGCAGAGGGGGAGCUGCACGUGGCUCCGGCGGGGUCUGUGCGAAUGGGUCGCUCGGGGAAGCUGAGGUCCGGCUCCGCCGGGAAGCUGAAGCGCUGGAAGAAGGGGCAGAGCAGCCAGAGCAACCCGGAGAUCCGGCGCCACCGCCAGGCCGCCCGGGGGAGACUGCUGGCCCCUCGCUCUGAAAACAGCAACCUGACUGUGGAUGCUCUGAAACUGCACAAUGAGUUACAGUCAUCGGGGCCCCUGACCACUUCACGCAAUGGCAGGGGAGCUCAGUCUCUUAUGGAACAGGAUGACAAUGCCGAAACAGCUAAGACCCACAAAUCUGCAGCCACCUUUCUGAGCGGCUUGACUGACUGCACUAACCUCACCUUCAGCAGAGUGCAACGUUUGUGGGAAUCCAAUUCUGCUGCCCACAAGGAGAUAUGCGCUGUGUUGGCUGCUGUCACCGAGGUGAUCCGGGCACAGGGUGGUGCAGAGAGUGAGACAGAAUAUUUUGGCGCACUGAUGACUACUCUGGAAGCUGUGGAAUCGCCGGAGUCUCUGGCUGCUGUCACUUAUCUUCUGAAUUUGGUACUGAAACGAGUACCAGGCCCUGUGCUGAUAAAGAAGUUCUCUGAUACCUCCAAAGCAUUUAUGGAGAUUCUAGGAUCACAGUCGUAUGGUGAUUCCACUUUGGCCCUGCGCUGGGUGAUCUCCUGUCUAGCCACAUUACUGCGAAGACAGAAUCUGGCAGCUUGGAAUUACCCUGUGACAAUGCAGGUUUUCCAUGGCCUUCUCAGCUUUACUGUCCAUGUCAAACCUAAGGUUCGCAAAGCUGCUCAACAUGGUGUUUUCUCCAUCCUCAGAGGUAGUGAGUUCUUGUUCGGAGAUGGGGCUCCCUCACAUCACCCAGCUGCAUAUUCUACAGCCAAAUUCUGUGUGCAAGAGAUUGAGAAAGCUGGAGGUGCUAAAGAGGCCACAACCACCUUACAUGUGCUAACUUUGCUGCAUGAUUUGCUGCCUUGUUUGCCUGCCCAGUCUGUCAAAUCUUGCUGUGAGACCCUGUUACGAGUUAUGACCCUCAGCCAUGUGCUAGUAACAGCAUGUGCAAUGAAAGCCUUUCAUAGCCUCUUUGUUGCCCAGCCGGCCUCAUCCUGCCUGCCACCUGAGCUUAAUGCUCAGAUCAUCAUGGCCCUAUAUGACUAUAUUCCCAAUGAGAGUGACCUUCAGCCUCUGUUGGCCUGGUUGGCAGUCAUGGAGCGAGCUCAUGUUAACCUGGCAAAGCAGCAAUGGGAUCUAUGUUGGGCUCACCUUCCCCGCCUGUUCAAUACAUCCAUGAACUGCUUCCUUUCCCCUCAUACCCAAGUGAUAUCUGCUGCAGCACAAACUCUCAAGGUCUUGCUGAAUGAGUGUCUGGCCCCACACACGGCCGAACUAGGAAAGCUUUCAUCUGCCACUCCAUCAGGAUCUGCUGCUCAUGUCUGCAAGAUGUUUAGAGCAGUAGAAGAGGGCCUGACAUAUCGGUUCCAUGCAGCUUGGGCUUCUGUAUUGCAGGUUCUGAGGACUUUCUUUGAGAUCUGUGGACAGCAGUGUCAUCCCAUCAUGUGUAAGUGCCUGCAGUCUCUUGCUGAUCUCCGUAGCUCCCCACACUUCCCUCACACUGUGUUGCUUGACCAAGCUGUGGGGGCUGCAGUGGCCACUAUGGGACCUGAAGUAGUCCUGCAGGCUGUGCCCCUGGAUAUUGAUGGCACAGAGGAGACACUGGAUUUCCCUCGUAGUUGGCUCCUUCCUGUGCUCAGAGAUCACAUUCGAGAUGCACCCCUUGCUUUCUUCUCCAGUUACUUUCUACCAUUGGCUGCAACACUGAAGAGCAGAGCCACAGAGCUUGCCCAGGAAAGACGAGAUCUAGAAGCCAAGAUCUAUGAUACACUGCAGUGGCAGAUGUGGACCUUGCUGCCUGGAUUCUGUAGCCGACCCACAGAUGUGGUAGCUUCAUUUAAAGGAUUAGCCCGCACCCUAGGUAUGGCCAUCAGUGACCGUCCUGAUCUGCGGCUAAUAGUAUGUCAAGCACUGCGUAGGCUGAUUAACAAGGGCUGUCAAACAGAGGCAGAGCGUGCUGAAGUUGGACGUUUUGCAAAGAACUACCUUCCCAUCCUGUUCAAUGUAUAUAGCCAAGAGGGCGAUGCCAAUGAGAGCCCUGUACACCGGCGCUCUUUACUGGACACUAUCCGGGCCUAUUUAACGAUCACUGAAUCCCAGAUGGUGCAUACAUUCCUGGAGAAAGCAAGUGAGAAGCUGACUAGUCCUGAUAAUUCAGAGUUCACUAGGCUCUCUGUGUUGGACCUUGUUGUUGCUAUGGCCCCUUAUGUUGAUGAGCCUUCCCUGCAUAAACUCUAUGGCACCAUCCAGUCCUCCUUGCAGAAUAAGGACCACAGGAUACAGAAAAAAGCCUAUCGAGUUCUGGAGGAGGUGUGUGCCUCUGACAGGCCUGCAUGUCAGAACUUUGUACAAAGCCACCUUGAGGAUCUGCAGAAUGCCCUCCUAGGAUCCCUGUCCACUGCCACAUCUCCUGCGAAGAGGCCCCGGCUGAAAUGCCUUUUCUACAUUGUCAAGCAGCUCACAGUGGAGCAUGAAGAUUUUGUCACAUCUCUGGUGCCCGAGGUAAUCCUCUGUACCAAGGAAGUGUCUGUAGGAGCCCGCAAGAAUGCUUAUAACCUGCUUGUAGAAAUUGGCCAUGCUUUUCUCCGCUUUGGUCCCACUCCAAAUGAUGGAAUGCAGCGUUAUCUGCUGCUGGUCUAUGCAGGCUUGACUGGCUCUGUCACUAUGAUCAGCUGCACUGUCCUUGCUCUUGCCCGUCUGCUCUUUGAGUUUAAAGAACAUGUUGGACCAGAUGCCCUGGAGCAACUCAUGAAGCACAUCUGCCUCAUGAUGGGCUCCCGGACACGGGAUGUCGUCAAGUCAUCCUUCAGCUUCCUCAAAGUGGCAGUCUUGCUCCUGGACACAGCUUUAUUGGGUCGACACAUGGAGACCAUGUUAGAAGCCGUAGGAGGGUUGACAGAUGACAUGAGGCGCCAUUUCCGCUUGAAGAUCCGAAACCUCCUUUCCAAACUGAUGCGUAAAUUUGGCUUUGAGCCUUUGCAGGCUUUGCUUCCUGAGUCAUAUCACAAGGUGCUGUUGAACAUCCGCAAAACUGAGGCACGGAACCGCAAGCGGCAAGCUCUGAAACGAGCAGCAGCCGCUUCUUCAGAAGAAGGAGGAACAGUGGUGCAACCCAAAGGUGAAAGCAUGGAGGAGGUACUGGCUGACUCUGACUCUGACCUGGAAGAUGACAUCAAGCCACAUAAAAGAGAGACCAGAAACAAACAACAGCAACGAAGUAAAGCCUGGCUCAAGGAGGGAGAAAGUGAUGAGCCCCUCAAUUUCUUGGACCCUAAUGUGGCACAAAGGGUUCUGGCAACCAAGCCAGGUAGUGGCCAAACUGGGAAAGUCAGCCAUGACUUUAAGGUGUCAGCUGAUGGCCGUCUCAUCAUAUGUGAAGAAGAGGACGAAAAGGAAGAAGAAGGAACUAAAGGUAUAAGGCCCAGUAGUUGGCCUAAUGUAUUUAGCUGAAUGAUUUCACCUCUGAUAAUAUCAACUCUGAUACUGUCUGCCACUGAUGAAGGCAUAUAACAUGGUUUCCUGAGCUGUGUUGAGUUCUGUACUUGCUUCUGAUUGAAAUUUACAUAACUUCAGCUUGUGAAAAAUACUGAGCAUUGGUUUAACAAAUAAUCUUCAGCCAGCUAAAAUGCUGUCUUUAGAUUUGUUAUAUGUUUCUCAUUAAAUCUUUAAAAUCCUGUCACAGAAGCGAAACUUCAUGCCCUCUUUUGUUGCUUUUUUAAAAUUCCUGGUCUUUCAUCCAUUCCAGCUGAAUGUGUUAGAACUGCAAGCAUUUUCUCUUAGUUAAUGCACAGUUGGAUACCAAAAAAGGAAUAUACCCUCUUUCCCCCUUGCUGUUUUAAAAUUGGAAAUUGCUGCUCUCUUUAAUUAAGAUAGGUUAGAUAGCAUGCAAAUUUUGAUAGUUUUAAUACUGUUAGUGGUAAUAGUACACAGCACUGUGAGUGUUCCAAAGCAAUAUACAUAGACUGGAUUGGUGACCGUUUUGUUUUAUUAAAAGAUUUAUUGGUCAGCUCUUGGACACUUAGGACAGCUUAUAGCAUUUAAAAAUAGGUAAGUGAGAACUACACAUUUAAAACAAUAGAAGACUAAACAGAAUCAGCAACUGAAUAAAUAAAAAGACAUUAGAAUAGAGGACUUAGAGAUAGCGGCUUUCUUUAGGCCACUUAGCAAGCAUAGAUGAUGUCAUUUGAACUGAGAGUUACUACCUCAUAAUUAUAGCUGAGUGGAAAGCUCUCACCAUUAAACUGCACUUGCUCAGUAAUCUCAUGUGUACAUUCCAGUGCUCAUCAGGUUAAUCUACACAAAUAAUAACAAAACAAUAAGAAAAAAUAAACAGUUUUGUUUAUUAAUGCAAGAAAACACUUCCCUUAUUUUGCCUGUGAACCUGAUGGGCAAGGCUUUGUUAAAUGUGAUACAUCUUUGGGCGCUGUGGCUGAUGUCUUGUA